AUGUUUGGUUUGACUAAGGUCAUUAGACGAGUUGCAUUUCGUGCAUCUGGUUUGCAUGCAUUCUCCUCUGCUUCAUCAUCAUCACCACUGUCUGAAGCAUUAAAAGUACGAAUCGAAAAGAUGAUCUCAUCUGCUCCAGUAGUAGUUUUUAUGAAAGGUUCACAGCUUGAACCAAUGUGUGGCUUUAGCAAAAAUGUUAAAUUGGUAUUAGACUUUCAUGAAGUUAAAUUCAAAGAUUAUGACGUACUCAGCGACGAUGAUCUAAGAGAAGGUAUUAAAGCAUACAGCGACUGGCCUACAAUACCUCAGGUUUAUGUGAAUGGCAGUUUCAUAGGAGGUUGUGACAUUCUUGUUCAAAUGCAUAAAAAGGGUGAAAUAACGGACCUCUUUGAGAAAGAAGGUAUAAAAACACGAUUUUCGGAUGCUUCAAACGACGAACCAAAAAAACAUUAG